AUGCAGUUCAAGAACAUUUUCUUGUCUCUCUUCCUUGUUUUCGCGGUUGGCCUUGCUCUGGUCUCCGCUGAGGACAACAAGGAGCCUCGAGGCCCCAAGAUCACUAGCAAGGUCUACUUUGAUAUCGAGCACGGAGACAAGCCCCUGGGCCGUAUUGUGUUCGGUUUGUAUGGAAAGACUGUCCCCGAGACCGCUGAGAACUUCCGCGCUUUGGCUACCGGUGAGAAGGGCUUCGGAUAUGAGGGCUCUGGUUUCCACCGUGUCAUCAAGGAUUUCAUGAUCCAGGGUGGUGACUUCACCCGUGGCGACGGCACUGGCGGCAAGUCGAUCUACGGCAACAAGUUCAAGGAUGAGAACUUCAAGCUCAGGCACACCAAGAAGGGUCUUCUGAGCAUGGCCAACGCCGGCAAGGACACCAACGGCUCCCAGUUCUUCAUCACCACUGUUGUUACUUCGUGGCUCGACGGUCGUCACGUCGUCUUUGGCGAGGUCCUUGAGGGCUACGAUAUUGUUGAGCAAAUCGAGAACGUGCCCACAAACCCCGGCGACAAGCCCAAGGACGCCGUCAAGAUUGCCAAGAGUGGAGAGUUGGAAACCGAUGCCAAAGGUACCGGCCAUGAGGACCUGUAG